AUGAAGGCUACCAAUGCUAUCUACCUCGCCCUUGCGGCCACUGUCUCCGCCAGUACUUUCCAGACUCGCGAUACUGAGCCAGUUACACUCGCUCUCUCGAAUGAUUUGACCAGAAGCUACGCAACUGCUCAAAUUGCCACCGAUGGCCUCGCACAUUCCAUCGGAGUCUUCUUCGCUGGAAGCCCUGUGAGCCAGGACGGCAAGAUCCUGGCUUCCUCCGCUCAGCUAGCAACCGUUCCGAAUGGAAUCCACUGUGAAAUCACCAACGGCGGAGCUACCAUUGCUACUCUGACCGAGCAGAGCACUUAUGCGGAUCUUGAUGGCAACCCCGACAAAUCGAUUCCCGUUGACCUGAGUGGUGCUAGAGUCGCUUGCACUGUUUGA